AUGACGAAAUACGAGCCAGAGUUGUCACUCUACGCGCUGACUGCUUUGUCUCCGCUGGUGACCGGCGUGGACACCGAAUCCCUGCUGAGCUUCCUGCGGCACCAGCUGUCCAGCGAGAUCCGUGCUGGUACGCUGGACUUGGACGACCCGAAACUCGCGGAUCAGCUGGCCGACCGCGUCUACUCCAUGCGGUGGAUCGGACCGGCGCCGAGUUGGGUGCGGAACGUCACUUUACGGGAAGCAUACUUCAUGAGGUUUUACGAAGGCAAGGCGGCACCUGUUGGGUCCGCGGAUACGUCGCAGGCCAUGUUCGCCUGGAUGCAAGAGAAGGCAGUGAGCGAACACCUGGCGACGAAUGGCCCGCACCUAACCACCGGUGACCAGCCUUGGCUGCCAGGUCUACUCUCGACACGCUCCAUACUUGCGCUGCGCGAAGGAGAGGCCACCGACAUCGAUGGCGUGCCUCGGCCUGGAAGCUACACUCCAGAAAAGCGCGACGAUAGGCUGCUUAAACGAAACACUACGCAGGUGCCCCCGGCCGCAUUGGACUUACUGUGGGGCACGCAUCCGUCGACAGCCAUGCUACAGGUGGCACGUAUCGGCGUGCGUGCCUUCAAGACAGUGCUGGAGCACCUGUUCAACAUGCAGCAGCGGCAGCACACUGACGCCACGGGGCCGCACGUGCUCGACAACUGCACCCCGUGGGACGCGGCCCCGCGCCAGCUGGACAUGGCUCUCGAGUCAAUGGCGCUGUCUCUGGCACUGCCGUGCUUAUCUGGCAUGGCCGGGAGCCCCGGAGCUAGUGCUGCCGACGCUGCAGCAUCUGGAGCCCGAGCAGCUUUUCUACGUCUUCUACGCGCUCAACCAGUGCGAGGUCAAUGGGCCGGACGUAGAGCAGACCCUCGCUUCCAGAAGCAAGGCUUUACCACGCUGAACGUCAUGCAGCCGCGCGACGACGGGGCCCGACCCGGCCGUGCUGCCUGGGUCAACCGGGUGACGGCCAGGAACGAGGACUUCGCCAGGGCGUUCAGGUGUCUCACGCCGCUGAAGCCCCCGAACCCGUUUCGGGACUGUGGCCUGGUUCCCCCUCGGCCUCCCGAGGCACGGACGGUCCGCGCCUGA